AUCGAGGUGCGCGGCCCCUCCCGCGACCUGCACAGCGGCAACGAGGGCGGCGUGUUCACGGAGCCGCUGGCCGACCUGUCCAAGGUGCUGGCCUCGCUGGUGGACUCCCACAACAACAUCCUGGUGCCCGGAUUCUACGCCAACGUGCGACCCAACAUGCUGCACGCCGCCGUGCACCGCCUGGAGACCAGCCACGAGUUCAGCCUGGCCGGGUACAAGCAGCUGAUCGGCGUGGACCAGCUGACCUCGGGGCGCACCGAGCGGGACCUGCUGACCGCGCGCUGGUGCCAGCCGUCGCUGAGGUGUGUGCGUGGUGAGGCAGUGUGUGGCGGGGCACCACUGUGCCCACCCGCUGGGGCGGCGGUGGGCAAGGUGUCCAUCCGCUUUGUGCCCGACCAGGAUGCGGGGCAGCUGGUGGAGCUGCUGGGCGCGCACGUGCAGCACGAGUUUGCCAAGCUGCGCUCCCCCAACUCUGUGGCGCUGGAGGUGCACAGCACGGGGGACUGGUGGGAGGCCAGCCCAGACAGCGCCUACAUGCGCAUGGCGGAGCGGGCCCUGGGCAAGGAGUGGGGCGUGGAGCCGCUGCUCGUGCGGGAGGGCGGCACCAUGCCGGUGGCCAGCUCGCUGCAGAAGAUGCUGGGGGCGCCCGCCCUGCUGCUGCCCAUGGGGCAGGCCAGCGACUCCCCCCACCUGGCCAACGAGCGCAUCCGGCGCCUCAACCUGUUGCGCGGCAAGAAUGUGGUGAAGAACCUGCUGGUGGAGGUGGGGCAG